GCGGGGCGCGGCCGCUCCGGCCCGGGGCGCGGGGCCGCUCCGCCGCCGCGGGGCUGCUCACGGCAGAUGCUCCAAGUCCAGCUGAAACCACCACGGGUGUGAGCUGCCGGGCUGGUGUCCCCGUGACCAAGGCAAGGUGGCACCAUGCCUGCUGCCCAGAGGGUCCCCCUCCGCUCGGUGACCAUGUGGCUGCUCCUGCAGAGCCUCCUCCUGGCCUCCAGCCUCCUCUCAGCCGCUGCAUUCCCCAAGGGCUGCUACCCCUCGGAAGAGGAGGGGCUGAAGACCUUCCGCUGCAGCAACGCCCGCCUGACCGAGGUGCCCAGGGACAUACCCAACGACACCAACAAGCUCUACCUGGACUCCAACCGAAUCCCCUUCCUGCCCCGCGACGCCUUCCGGGACCUGCCUCUGCUGCUGGAGCUGGAUCUGUCGCACAAUGCCAUCGCCAGCAUCGAGAGCGGAGCCUUCCAGGGCUUGGCAGAGCACCUGCACUCCCUGGACCUGUCUGCCAACAGGCUGGCAUCGGUCAGCAAAGAAGCCUUCAGCAACCUGAAAGCCAAGGUCAACCUGUCCGACAACCCCUGGCGUUGCGACUGCCGCCUGCAGGAGCUGGUCCGCACGGUGGACCUGGCGGCUGGCUCCUCGGCUGGCAUCGUCUGCGACUCCUCUGCCCAGGAGGAGCAUGUGGGCAAAGCCUUCCUGCAGGUCAUGGCCGACACAGACUUCUGCAACGUCUACAAGAAGACCACAGACAUCGCCAUGCUGGUCACCAUGUUCGGCUGGUUCGCCAUGGUGAUCUCCUACCUGGUCUACUACGUGCGGCAGAACCAGGAGGAUGCCAGGCGCCACCUGGAGUAUCUCAAGUCCCUGCCCAGCAAGCAGCGCAGGUCGGAGGAGUCGUCCACCAUCAGCACCGUGGUGUGAGGCACUGGCACCCCGCGGGCCGCGGGGACUGGCGGCGCUGGGCAUCGGCACUCCGCAGCCUGGUCACGGCUGCGGCAGCUGCCAAGAGCUGCUGGCACCGCGCGGGAGCAAGUCCUGGGUUCGUCCUCUUCUCCUUGGGAACUGGCAUCUGGCAGCGGGAGCUGGUGGGUGCCUGUCUCUGGCACAGCGAGGGGUGAAGUGGCUGCAGCUGGGGGUGGCUACAGCAAUGGGCACGGAGCAGCCGUGGUAGCCGCCUACCACCUUGGCGUCAUGGAGAAACCCUGAGUGCCACCCUGGCACCCGACCGGCCUGGACGAUCAGACUUGGUUUCAAACUUUUCUAUUUCCUUUGCAGAGAUCCCCUGGGGCACUCAUCAGGGUUUUCAUCCUUCCUUGGCUCAGCCUUGGAUGCCUAAGGGAUGGUUCCCGGCAGCCUGGGCAGCCUGGGCUUGGCAUCCUGCCUGGACGGGCAGUGGGCAGCGCCGGGCUGUGGGGGAGGAGCGGUACAGCCACAAGGUCAGUGUCCUGCUGGGUCACUGCCCCCGGGAGUGCCACAGGCUCUGCCCGCAGCCUGGUGGGACCAAAGGACGAGGCAGGAAUUGAGGACACAUCAGCUGGGAAAGGCAAGAGGCAGGUCCGAGGGUGCCCAGCUCUGGCACUCGUACCAGCCAGUGCUGCUCCAUCUCCCAUCUGAGCCUCUUGCUGCUCCCUGCUCCUUUCCUGGCACUCCCAGGACACGUGAAGUGAGUGGCAUGGGGGUGGAUGGGGCAGACCUCAGCACCUUCCCCUCUGGGGUUGAGCUCUCCAGGGCCACCGCGGGGUGCAGCUGCCCCUGGAGGAGAGCCGCCGAGGGGGCCAGCGUGGGGGUGUGUGUGUGUGUCCAACCCCGCCGGGAUGCUGGGGGUUGGGGGGGAAGCAGGUUUCCCCCCGGGGCUUCCCGGGUGGGUGUUUGCAGGUGGGCAGCAGCAGCCUGCUCCGGAGCAGAGCUCUCACCUCGCCCCCGAGGACUCGAGAGCUGCCGACCGGUCACUGUGACAGGGAGCAGGGACAGAGGGACCCGGAGCGGCUCCUCUGCCCUCUGCCCACCCCACGCCGCUGGCAGGAGCCUCAAUCGCCCCCAGAACGACCCAGAGUCCCUUCCUGACACUUCCAGUAUUGGGCUGCACGUUCCCGGUGUGGGUAGAGGUAGAGGCGAGGCUGUGGCAGCGGGUGCUGGUGUGGGUGGGGGUGUGGGGUCUGUGGUUGGUGCCCACCUUCGGGCACGCAGGGUCCAAGCAGUGACUCAGAGCAAAGCCAGAGCAGACCCAGACUCUACCAACCAGGCACCUGGCCCUGAGCUAAGUGAGUUUGGCUCGCUGGUUUUGCCCACUGAUUUUUAAACCAACUGAAGCUAAAUUGCCUUAAUUCACCAAGAGCACCAACCAAAGCUGCUUGAACACCCCCUGUGCCAGGCCAGAACUGGCUCCAGCUACCCUGGCACAGCCAGGGGGGCUUAUUGCCAGGUCUGACCUCAGCCCCCGGUGUGGGCAGCACGUUUCAGCGCAGGCAGAGCUGUGGCCCCGGUGCCCCUGUGCCAGUGGGAGCCGUGGGACAGGGUUGGCCUUCCACAAGUGCCUCUUUGCCAGCGCAGACUGGAGGCUCUGCCACGCACAAAUGCCCCAGCUUCAGCCCGGGCAUCCCCUGGGCCCACAGCCCCACGGCAGCUCCAAACCAUCACAACAGGCUGUGGAGGUAAAAGGGGCUGGGGGGACACCAGACCAAGCCACUGCCAGAGGCUGCACCAUGGCCCCAGGUGCUGCUCACCCGUGGGCAUCCCCGGGGUGGCCACUCUCAUGCCCGUGGCGAUGCCCGGGACCGUCUGACCCAACCUGUGUUUUGUUUAAGGGACCUUUCAUGUUCUUACUUUAUACAACAAUAAAUUGGCUUUUACUUUGGA